AUGGGUGAAGGGCGCAUUACGUUAUCGUCCAGUUAUGUGGCUGCAGCGUUAACUAAACCGCAGCAGGGCUCUUCGACUAACUUACUGGUUCGGUUUUCCCAACCCCACCCUUUGGUUAUUAUUCUUUUGAAGAUUCUUCGUUGUCAAGCCGCCAAAGUGGAGAGUGUGAUUGCAGAAGGGGGUGCUUCUCGUUUCAGUGCUUCUUCGGGGGGAGGAGGAGAUAGGGGUGCACCUCAGCACUAUCCCAAGACUGUCGGCAACAGCGAGUACCUGGGGAAAACCCCAGGGCCUAGCGUUCAGAGAUGGGUUCCUUCACGAAGCACUAGACGAGAUGUCAGCUCCUCCAAUGAAAAAGAACGGCAUGAUGCAAUAUUUAGGAAAGUAAGAGGGAUACUUAAUAAACUGACCCCGGAAAAGUUUGACAAGCUAUGCCUUGAGCUCCUCAAUGUGGGCGUAGAUUCCAAGCUCGUCCUCAAGGGAGUCAUCUUGCUGAUCGUAGACAAAGCCCUAGAAGAGCCUAAAUACAGCUCACUCUAUGCCCAGCUAUGUCUGCGUUUGGCAGAGGAUGCUCCAAACUUUGAUGGCCCUGCACCUGACAUUCAAGCCACGCAAAAACAGAGCACAACUUUCAGAAGACUUCUGAUUACCAAACUUCAAGAUGAAUUUGAGAACCGCACCAAAAAUGUUGAAAUCUAUGACAAACAAGACAACCCUCUCACUUCUGAGGAAGAGGAGCAGCGUGCCAUUGCCAAGCUCAAGAUGCUGGGAAACAUCAAGUUCAUUGGGGAACUGGGCAAACUCGACCUCAUCCAUGAAUCUAUCCUUCAUAAGUGCAUCAAAACACUUUUGGAAAAGAAGAAAAGAAUCCAGCUCAAGGAUAUGGGGGAGGAUCUGGAGUGCCUCUGUCAGAUAAUGAGAACUGUGGGGCCUAGACUCGAUCAUGAGAAAGCCAAGUCUUUAAUGGAUCAGUACUUUGGCCGUAUGCGUUCCUUAAUGAACAACAAGGACUUGCCAGCCAGGAUUCGUUUCCUCCUGCAAGACACCGUGGAGCUGCGAGAGAACAAUUGGGUUCCUCGCAAAGCCUUCAUCGACAACGGACCAAAGACGAUUAACCAGAUUCGUCAGGAUGCAGUGAAGGAUUUGGGUGUCUUUAUUCCACCUAUGAACCAAGGAAUGAGAAUGGACUUCUUUCUGGAGGGGCCUUUCAUGACGACCAGGAUUAAACUGGAUAGAGAAACUCUUGGAGGAUUGGCUGACAUGUUUGGACAGAUGCCAGGCAGUGGAAUUGGGACUGGUCCAGGGGUGAUCCAGGAUAGAUUCUCCCCCACGCUGGGACGUCAUCGCACAAACCCACUCUUCAAUGGCCACAGCGGACACGUAGCUAACCCACCGCCGUCUCAGUUUGACUUGGCUAUUAAGCCCUUCAUGAAGUCUAAUCAGGGGCAGAAUCAGCAUGUUCUUAACCAGAGCCAUCCUACCCAGCAGCAGGGUCGCUCCAAGGACAUGCCCCCACGUUUCAAGAAGGGUCAGCUCAAUGCCGAUGAGAUCAGUCUGAGACCAGCACAGUCAUUCCUGCUGAAUAAGAACCAGGUGUCGAAGUUGCAGCCCCAGAUAGCCACCAUGAUCCCACCCAGUGCUCAGACUCCACGCACUCAGACUCCCCCGCUCGGGCAGCCUCCACAACUUGGUCUGAAAACGAAUCCUCCUUUGAUCCAAGAAAAGCCACAAAAGACAAGUAAGAAACCCGCACCUGCCAAGGAGGAGCUGCUAAAGAGGACGGAGACGCUGGUGACUGAGUACCUGAACAGUAAGAACUUGGAGGAUGCGGUCAGUGGCGUGAGGGAGAUGAAGGCUCCUAAACACUUCCUGUCCGAGAUGUUGAGUAAGAUUAUCCUGGGCUCUCUGGAGCACUCUGACCAGGAUAAGGAACAGGCAAGCACCCUGAUUCACACACUGCGCACAGAGGGACUCAUCACUGGAGAGAACUUCAUACAGGCUCUGCUGAGUGUGCUGGACCAGUGUCCUAAGAUCGAGCAGGACAUCCCUCUGGUGAAGUCGUACCUGGCACAGUUUGCAGCCCGGGCUGUCAUCGCGGAGCUGGUGAGCGUGGCAGAGCUGGCGCACCCUCUGGAGAACGGCACCCACUUCCCCCUGUUCCUGCUGUGUCUGCAGCAGGCAUGCAAACUGAAGGGGCGCGAGUGGCUCACCGAGCUGUUCCAGCAGAGCGCCAUCAACAUGCAGAAGAUGCUGCCAGAAAUUGACCAGAACAAAGACCGCAUGUUGGAGAUUUUGGAGGGAAAGGGCCUGAGCUUCCUCUUCCCCCUGCUGAAGCUGGAGAAGGAGCUACUGAAGCAAAUAGAAGCAGAUCCUGCCCCCCAGACCAUCUACAAGUGGAUUAAGGAUAACAUCUCGCCCAAACUCCACACAGACAAGGGCUUCGUUAACAUUCUUGUGACCAGCUUCCUGCAGUACAUCUCAUCCGAGCUGUGUAUGUGCGAGGGGGAUGAACACCUCUGUGCCCCCACCAAAGACCAGCUGGAGCAGGAGAAGCAGCUCUUGCUGGCCUUCAAACCCGUCAUGCAGAAGUUCCUCCACGACCACACGGACUUGCAGGUCAGCGCACUCUAUGCCCUCCAGGUGCACUGCAACACCUAUGGCUUCCCCAAAGGCAUGUUGCUGCGCUAUUUUGUCAACUUUUAUGACAUGGAGAUCAUUGAAGAAGAUGCCUUCCUUGCUUGGAAAGAAGAUAUCACCCAAGAAUUCCCAGGAAAAGGAAAGGCCUUAUUCCAGGUGAACCAGUGGUUGACCUGGCUGGAGACAGCUGAAGAAGAAGAGUCAGAGGAAGAGGAGGCCGACUGAGGAACUAUCCAGAGCCUCCCGGUGCAGGGUGAUCCUCUCCUACACGACACAGUGAUCUCCCUCCACAAUAACGCUCAGUCUCCACCACAGCACCAAGAGCUGCUGGACCAGUGAUGCAUCAUGAAAAAACACAUUAUGAAAUGUUAGAAUUGUAGGCUACUUCACUUACAAUGGUUGCUUUAAUAGUUGUCUGUUUUGGCUUCAGUAGGAGGGGUAGAAAUGGCUCACUUGAUCAAUAAACUCGAAUUUUGCUGUUAAUUUUGUUAGCGCAGAAAUAAAUGCUGCUGUGAUUUUUGGCUUAUAAUUUGUCUAAUACAAUUAGGUGUCUUUUUAACAAAUGUUUUGAUCAAUGAAUGGAGGUGGGUGGAUGUUUAACAGAGUAGCAAAACCGAGUGUGGUUGAGGGCCAUUUGACUUGGGCAGUGCAGUAGAGACCUUUUUUGUAAUCCUGUUGUGGAUUGUGAAAAAUUGUGAAAUUGCAGUGUGUUCAUCCCUCUGCAUUCACAGUGUGGAAUAUCCAAUGACUGUUUUUUGUUGUUUUGUUUUUGUUCCUUUGCUGUAAAAUUUUAGCAGUUGUCUUUCUACAAACUGAAUGGCUUUUUUGUUGUAAAGAGGUUUUUAAUCACAUUAAUGUCAAAAGUCUAAGAUCUUGACAAUACUGCUGUCAUUUAGAAUAAUCUUGUUUGACACCUUUAGCGAAUAACACGGUUUUUGCAAUUAACUUUUGAUUGACGGAAACGAAGGAACAGGAACGUGGCCGUGGCAGCCAA